AUGUCUCCAAAGUUGGCACACCAAAUCUCUCUGAAGACUAGCCAAGUUAAUGAUCUCACGGAAAAGUUACACGAAAAACAACGGGAAGUGCACAGUUAUAAAAAACAGUUGGAGUCAGUGCAUUCUGAGAAAAUGAUGCUUCAGCGUAAUUUAGAAAAUACAACUCAGGAGCGGGACAAUUUUAGAAUUCUUCAAGCAAAAUCAGGACAUCAAAUUCAGCAAUUGACAACUGAAAUAAGCGCAAACGAAGUAAAAAUAAAUUCUUUAAAUUUGAAAAUAGAACAUCUUAAUAAUUAUAUAAAAGAACUCCAAUCGGACCUUAAAAAUAAAGAAAACUUAGUGGCUGCCUUACGUAAGGAUAUGAGGGAAAUGAAAGCAAAAAAUGAAAUGUUAGCAAAGACAAUAUCAAACGAUGAACUAAAAUUUAUGAAAAUGGGGCACGAAUUAGAAGAAAUGAGAAAGGAACGUAACCUAGUUGGAUUGCAAAUGGUACGACGGAAUGACGAGAUUGUUGUUAUAAAGGAAAAGCUUCAAAUUGCACAAAAUGCCCUUGAUAAUGGUACAACACAAUAUAAUCAACGUGUAGAAGAUAUUAGAUUACUGAAAAAAGAGAUUUCAAAUCUUCACACUGAAAGUGAAUGUCUUAAACAUGCAAUUAAAAGUACUGCUGACAUGAGAAAGGAAAUUGUACGACUCCAGCGUGCUCUUAAUCAAGAACAUAUUCGUAUUCGAGCUCUAACUGAAGAUGCAAGAACACCAACAGGAGUACACCGGUGGCGAAUAUUAAAAGGCGAAGAUCCUAAGAAAUUCGAACUACUUGAAAAACUCCAACUACUUCAAAAACGGUCCCUAAAGCAGUCAAUAGAAAACUCUAACAUAAAAAAUAAACUGGGUGAGGCUCAAAAGACUAAUGAAACAUUAAAACGGAUGCUAUCUCAUAUGCCUACUGUAGAGAUAAAACAUAAGCUAGUUGUGCAACAG